AGCAUCGGUAUUACCAAAGGAAAUAAUUGAACAAAAUUUACAAGAACGUAAAAGAAAUUUGAAAAACCUACGUCUUUAUGGCACAAUUGUUGGAGAGCUAACUGCAGAAAGACGCCGAAAAUAUCAAGUUCGUUUUGAAGAAAUUGGAAAUAUUACUGUAGAUGUUCUUGCAGGUAAUCUAAAGUAUGAAAAACAAGCCACUCCAAAUAGAGAAGAAUUAGUUACAGAAUCGUCAUUGACUUUACCAGCUUACGAAGAUAUUUCUUAUAGUAGUGAUGAUAGUGAAAAUGACUUAGAAGAAAACAAUGAUAGAAAUGACAUGGAUGUAAUUGACCUUAUUGUUACAGUAAACUGGCGUGAGCAACAAAUAACUAUUGACCAACGUGCAAUUUAUCUUGCAUACAACCAAGAUUGCAAAAUUAAUAUUCCAUCAGUAAGUUUGGCUUCGCCAUAUGAAUUAUUUCGCCGAUAUCUUCCACUAGAUUAUAUUGAACAGUUUGUAAUUAAUUCUAUUAAUAAACGUGAAAGAGUUACUUCAAAUUGGACAAAUAUAACUAUUAAUGAAUAUAUGAGAUGGUUAGGCUUAUGGGUGUUAAUGUCCGUUUUUCUAGUUGCUGAUCGUCGUUUUUAUUGGAGAACAAAUCAAGAACAGACACAGCCUAUACCAUUAUUCAAUUUUCAACAUUGGAUGAGUCGUUCACGAUUUGAACAAAUAGUCUGGCCUCUUAAUUAUCCCCAUGACAUGAUUCAAAAACUUGAAAAUACGUAUGGAUCGUAUUUCUCAAAAGUUGCAAUUGUUAAUGGUGUAUAUUUAAUUGCGGCUUCUUUAAAAGAUAGAAAACCACAGUGCAUUAUUGCAACAGCAUCAACUACAACACAAGGUGAUGAAGUUGAACGUAUAGUCAAGGAUCAUAAUAAUUCGUCAUUGGUUAAAUUUAUACGGUCUAAAAUCUUUUCUGAAUACUCUUCUUCAAAAG